UCAUCGACAUCUCGGCUUCCGAGGUCUGUCUUUGGGACACGCCCCUUUCUCUCUGCCUCUGAGGCCUUGUCUCAAUCUCCUCGCUCAGGCUCAACGAGUCGAUUGUCGAACAAGGUAUCGUUUCGAUGAGGCUCCUCUUGAGGGAGGAAGCAGCAGGCGGAAGAAGCUAAACCACUUUAAACAGUAUUUACAAACAUAAUGACUCCAGAAACUCAAGUUGUUAAAAGCAAAAGACAGUGUGAAGAUAAUGAGAAUGAAGAAGAGCCCCAGAAGAUUAAAAGGAAGAAGAAGGUUGUUGAGAAUGGACUUGACCAGAAAGAGUGGAAAGCUAUAGCCCUGAGCAAAGUGAAGAAACCUCACUUGUCUGAUGCAUUGUUUGGGGAAGAGUGCAAAAUCAGCUAUGACCAACUGUAUGAAUUCCUCAAAUAUGCUGCAUUAGGGAAACAACACAGAGCAACACAGUCCAGUUGGUGCCGAAUUCAUCACCGCAGGCGUUUGUCUGGUGUGUCGGUCGUGGUUCUACGUGAAGUGAGUCAGCUCCAUUUCUAUCUGUUCUACUUACAGUUCAAGUUUCUGAGAAGGAUGUUCAGACAUCAUUUCUCUCUACCACCUGCAUCAGGUGAUUUUAUGGAAAGGCUUUGUGGAGCAGGGAAAAAGAACCAUCGGCAGAUCAGCAGCCUUGAUUUGGAGAAAGAUCCCGUCAUUCAGAAAUAUGGAAACGAGUGUCGUGGGCUCUCUGGUUACAUUUUAACACCAAAGGAGAUGCAUCUUCAUGAUUACCCCAUAGAAGGGCACGAUGACUUCAUCCAUUUUGUUCGCACUCCCUGCAAGGGUCCUAUAACAGACAGCAGCCCCCUCUUUGGUCUGGACUGCGAAAUGUGUCUCACUGAAAAGGGGUCCGAACUCACACGGAUCUCAGUGGUGGACGCCAGUGGCCAGUGCAUUCUGGAUGAACUCGUCAAACCCAAAUUACCAAUAAUAAAUUAUCUCACCAGCUACUCUGGCAUCACCGAGAAGCUGCUUCUCCCAGUUGUGACGACCCUCUCUGACAUCCAGGACCAAUUAAAGAAUCUGCUCCCUGCUGAUGCGGUUUUAGUGGGCCACUCCUUGAAUUUUGACCUUCGGGCCCUAGAAAUGGUGCAUCCAAAUGUUAUAGACACCUCUGUUCUUUUUGCCAGGAAACGGAACAAAAAGUUCAAGCUCAAAUUCUUAGCAGAGGCUGUUUUAGGGAAAGACAUUCAACGCAUGGAUGGAACAGGUCAUGAUCCAACAGAAGAUGCUCUUUGUGCGCUGGAAUUGGCCCAGUAUUUCAUUAACCAGGGACCCAGAAAGGUAGCAGAGAUGAACCUGGAAGCCCAGUUGCUUGAGACAAGAAAGAUAGGAGAGGAACAGAGCUGUGCCUUGCCAAACCCCCAAAAUGGGGUCCAGAAACCCACCCAAAGCCUUCUAGACAUCUUGCACUUUGUGGGUCAGAAAGCCUUGCUUCUCGGAGGAUGGGCUGAAGCUGCUUCCAGCAACGGUCAGACUCAAACAGGGCCUCAAAAUAAGCAAAUUCUCCAAAGAGCCUUGGAAGAGGUGCCCACAUCCUCCUUCAGUGUGAUUCAGUUUGGUCUGGAUUCAAGGCAUGAUACAUCUGACCUCAUUGCAAAAAUGAGGACCAAGCUGGCCAACCUGCAGACAAUCUAUGCAGGCCCAUUUGGUAAAGACAUAUGUCUGAAGCCUCUGAAGAAAAUCUUUAAGAAGUAUGGCCACAUUCAGUCAAUAAGGAUCGUUCCAGACACAUCGGAGCCACACAUCUGUAUCCAGUAUGACGUCCUAGAAGCUGCUCAGCUUGCUGUGGAGAGUCUAAACGGGGCAGAAAUUGGUGGCUCUCCAGUCAAGGUUCAGAGACCCGUCACGGAGAGCACCUUGGAUUGUGAGAUGCUUCUGAAAGAGCUGGAGAAAGAUGCGGACAAUGAAAGUGUCAUUUACUUGACAGGACUGAGGAAGACUCAGCGGGAGGCAGAUCUGCAGCAAGAGUUGGGUUAUUUGAAAGACUUAGCAUCUGUUUUUCUGCCAAGGGAUCCCAGAACGGGCAAAAGUCGAAAUUACUGUUUUCUGAAAUUCAAGACGCCACAAAGUGCUGCCAAUGCGCUUACAGCCAUAGAGGAACAUGAGGCCCAAGGCAGCGACCUCCGGGGCCGGUGGGCCCUGACCCCUCCCCACUUGCACCAGUGGGCAUUGCAUAUCAGUGCAACGGGCAGCAAGUUAGCAGAACCACCGUCAGGCCUUGAGGCUCAUCUGCAGGAAGCCCAGCCAUCUUUUGCCUUGGAGCAAGAAGUUCAAAAACAAAUGAAAGCAUUGGAUCGCAAAAUCAAAAAGCUUUUCCAGCGCUUGCCAAACCACACGCUUUGCGUCGUCCUGUUGCCGGGCUCAAACAGGCCUUCCGAAUCUCACCCAGGCUUUGGCCUGAUGGGCAUCAAAGGAGAAAAUCCACUUCUUAGUUCCUGUGCCUGGUGCUGACACUUGAAAAACAUAGCACGUUUUGUGAAACCCUAUCAUGUUUCAAAUAUUUUAAUCAUGUCAAGAUAUUAAACCAUUUAAAAAUA